CGGGCGUUUUUUCCGCGGAACGAUGGAGCAAGUGGAUCCCUCGACGGCUAAGAUGGCUGUAGCCAUCGCGCUCCUUCGAAGGUCUAGGAAUUCCCAGACUGGCGAUCUCUCCGAGGACGUCCAACACUGGAAGAAGAAGGCCAAGGAUAGAAAAAGAGAGCUACAGAAACUUAAGGACGAACUCAAGGAGAACCAAGAUGGGAUGUUGAACGAUGUUAUUCAGCAAACCACUUACUGCAAGUGCUACUUUUUCGACAAGUGUGGGGAUCCACCUCCAAGGUCACAAGCAGAGGAGCAACUUGAUGGCCAUUCUACAAUCAACGAUGUUUUAUACAGAAGAUUUUUAAGACAAGCACGCAAGGUGGCAAGGGGGAAAAUAUCUAAUCUAGUUAAGCAAGGAUGUUCGCAAGAGCCAAACAGAGGAAGUGAGAUGGAGAAGCUCUGCACGUCAGCAGAUUUUCUGUUGGAGCUUGUGAACAAUAGAUCUAUUGUUGAAACUGGGUCUCCAUUCGCCACCCUGGCACAUCAGUCUCUGGAAUUUAUUCUGGCUUCUGUGAAAGUACUCUUAUUAGAGAAUCAGCAUGGAGAACUCUUAGUGGAGAUAUUAAACAGUUUGAUAACUCAUUUACUUAGAGGAAUGUGCAUUCAUACAUGUAUGGAUGGAACUUCAUACUGUGAUCCCGACACACAGUUCCAUGUCCAGCACCUGAUCCGUAAGCUUGGGGUUGAGCCUUAUAUUGCUCAACGUACACUUCUUUUAGUUGCUCAGAGAGUUUGUGCUCUAGCUGACAGCUUGCAUUGUAUGGAUCCUUUUGAUAGUGCACUACCCAACAUACAUGAUUCCAUGUUUAUGAUGCUUCGGCUAAUGGAGUUUUUGGUUUCUGAUUAUGUCUACACAUGGAUAACUAACAAAGACUCUGAAAAGGGGUUAUUUGAAGAAACAUUAAGGUGGAUUGUGCAGUCAAAGAAAUCAUUAACACUGCUGGACAACACAAACUGUCUCUACAUGAUUCAGCUGGACAGGGUCAUUGGUGAACUGGCAAAGCAGGUUGGACGAGUUCCGCGUACUGAGAUUGAGAAGUUGGUCAACAUGGAGAUUCUUGAAAGUAUGUUCCACUGAUUGGCGCGUUCCCGGGAACAUGUGCAUGACAUGGAGCCUGAAGUUCCACGAUAUAUCGAUUUUGUAUAUGGAUUGAUUUCUUUUUCCCCUUUUUUUCAUUUCCUUCACUCUGCUUUUAGGAAAAAUAGCGAACCAAUAAUGAUCUCUAAGCACUUAAGCCA